CUCCCGCCAGCAGUAUUUUUUCUUUUCUUCCUCUUCCCUCUUCAUUUCUCCUUCCAAACCCCAGAAAAUGCUCCGAUUCCACGAGCAUAUCAUAUCCGACCUUCUAGAAGACCCGAACGGCGGACUGGUCAUCCUGUCCUCGGGUCUCUCCCUCCACAGGAUGAUAUCCUCCCUCCUCCACCUUCACACUCCUUCUCAGGGCACUCUCCUCAUCCUCUCCGCGUCUCCCUCCCAAAGAUCCGCCAUCACUCGCUCUCUCCUCUCCCAAAACCCUGACCCUAACCCUAACCCUAAUCUCUCCACUGCUCCUAUUGAGAUCUCCUUCGAUCUCCCGGCCCACCAGCGCCUCUCCCUCUACUCAUCCGGCGCCAUCCUCUUCAUCACUUCCCGCAUCCUCGCCGUUGAUCUCCUCACCUCCAAACUCCCCCCGUCCCGCCUCGCUGGCCUCAUCAUACUCAACGCCCACUCUCUCUCCGACACCUCCACCGAGGCCCUUGCCGUCCGCAUCCUACGUUCCCACAACCCUUCUGCAUACGUCCGCGCUUUUUCCGACCGGCCCCAUGCCAUGGCCGCCGGCUUCGCCAAGGCGGAGCGUACCAUGAAGUGCCUCUUCGUGCGGAAGCUCCACCUCUGGCCGCGGUUCCAUGUCUUUGUGUCAGAGGACCUGGAGCAGUCCCCUCCGUCUGUCGUUGAUGUGCGGGUCCCCCUGUCACCGCUCAUGAAGGGGAUCCAGAAGGCGGUGAUUGAGGCAAUGGAUGCGUGCUUGAAGGAGCUGAGGAAGACGAAUAAGGUGGAUGUUGAGGAUCUGACGGUUGAGAAUGGGCUGUUCAAGUCGUUCGAUGAGAUUGUCAGGAGGCAGCUGGAUCCUAUCUGGCAUACAAUCGGGAGGAAGACGAAGCAGCUUGUUGCGGAUUUGAGGACACUGAGGAAAUUGCUGGAUUAUCUCGUCCGGUAUGAUGCAGUGACUUAUUUGAAGUAUUUAGAUGCGCUGAGAGUGUCAGAAGGAGUUCGGUCUGUUUGGAUUUUUGCGGAAUCGAGCCAUAAGAUUUUUGAGUAUGCAAAGAAACGGGUUUAUAGGCUGGUAACCUCGGAGGGUGGAAAACUGCAUGUGGAUGGUAAGAGUGGAGCAAGCAAGAAAAGGAGAGUGAAGGAAGAUAGCAAAACUGAGAAAGAAGUAACGGGUGGAGCUUCUCUUUCAAAUGGGAACGGAGAUGUGGAGGCAAAUACAAAUUCUGGGGUGGUUUUGGAGGAGGUUUUGGAGGAAGCACCCAAAUGGAAGGUCUUACGUGAGAUCCUUGGAGAGAUAGAAGAAGAAAGACAAAAGCAAGCUCAGUCAAGUGAAGGGGAACUUACAGUUGAAGAUGCUGGGGAUGAUAGUGGAAUUGUUUUGAUUGCUUGCAAAGAUGAACGCUCGUGCAUGCAGUUGGAAGAUUGCAUCAUGAAGGGCCCGGAAAAGGUGAUGCGGGAAGAGUGGGGAAAGUACUUACUGGGAAAGGCACAGUUGCAUGGUUUACAAACACGUAACAAGAAGAAAUCUCGGGAUCCUAAAGGGUUUGGUAUACUGAAUGGUGUCGUUUCACCUGCGGCUGGAGAGAAUGCAGAAGCUAGCAGUGUUUCCAAGUUGGAACAUGAUGUUCUGAUGGCUGCAGCAUCAGAGAUACGCAAUCUUGCAAAUGAGGAAAUUCUUACUGAGGAUGAUUCUAAGCCUGAUGCUGGCAGGGGAGGACGUGGAAGGGGUAGAGGGAAGGGAAGGAGCAGAAAAGCCAGUGUGGAGGUUAAAAUUUCUGGAAGUAAAGUUAUUGGGAAGAUGGCAAAAAAUGGCAAAUCGGAGAGAUCUGGAUUAGAAAACUCAGAAUUAGAAAAUAAAGGCUGGAAGGGCAGUACUGACUCUACAGAUAUAGCUGAUUUCCAGGAAAACUUACAGGCAAGUGCAUCUAUGGACAAAGGGGUUCUUCGAAAGCAUAGUCAGGAGGCUGACACUUCAGAACUUACACAUGCUAAGCCACUCCCACCAGUGCAGUUUUAUGCACUAGAAAGUGACCGGCAUAUACUUGAUGUUAUGAAACCCUUGGCAAUUGUUGUUUAUCAUCCAGACAUGACUUUUGUGAGAGAAAUUGAAAUUUAUAAAGCUGAGAAUCCCUCGAGGAAGGUGAAAGUUUAUUUUCUGUUCUAUGAACAUUCCACUGAGGUGCAGAAGUUUGAGGCAAGUAUACGCAGGGAAAAUGGAGCAUUUGAAUCUUUGAUUAGGCAGAAGUCAUUAAUGACAAUUCCUGUCGAUCAGGAUGGGCGUUGCUCUGGACUGACCAUCUCCAGUGAGUCACAAUCACUGAUUUCGCAGAACUCUAUAACCAGGAAGGCCGGCGGCAGGAAGGCACCAGAGAAAGAAAUGCAGGUCAUUGUGGACAUGAGGGAAUUCAUGAGCAGCUUACCUAAUGUUCUCCACUUGAAAGGCAUGCGGAUUAUACCAGUGACCCUGGAAGUGGGGGACUAUGUCCUUUCGCCACUGAUUUGUGUCGAGAGAAAGAGUAUUUCAGAUCUUUUUUCUAGCUUUACAUCUGGCCGCCUCUAUCACCAAGUAGAAACGAUGGUUCGUUACUAUCGGAUACCUGUCCUUCUAAUUGAGUUCUCACAGGAUAGGAGCUUUUCCUUUCAGUCUGCAAGCGAUAUUGGUGACGAUGUUAUGCCUACAAAUAUAAUAUCCAAGCUAUCGUUGCUUGUUCUGCACUUUCCCCGCUUGCGCCUUGUCUGGUCCCGCAGCCUGCAUGCGACAGCGGAAAUAUUUGCAUCUUUGAAAGCAAAUCAGGAUGAACCUGAUGAGGGCAAGGCAAUGAGAGUUGGUGUCCCAACCAACGAAGGCAUUGUGGAAGACGAUGUAAGAGCUGAAAAUUACAACACUUCGGCUGUUGAGUUCUUGAGGCGACUUCCAGGCGUGACAGAUUCAAACUACAGGGCUUUGAUGGAUGGGUGUCAGAGCUUAGCUGAGCUAGCUCUUCUUCCGGUGGAGAGACUAGCAGAACUGAUGGGAAGUCAGAAAGCGGCUGGAACACUCAGAGAUUUUCUCGAUGCAAAGUGCCCCACCAUGGUGUGAAGUGAAAUGCUAUAAAUGUACUCAAGAGGCCAUUGAAUGCCAAUGUCUACUUACCCUUUGGUGUUUGGUCCCGCAAUAGCUAAACCGCUUGAAAGAGGUGACCAAGAAGACCUUUACAUGCUCUUGAUUCAUUGAUUCUGGAAGAUUUAUUAUUGUUUGUUUGGUCUUGCAGUUAUAACAGGUGACCAUUGAUCACGUCCGGUUAACAGUGCCAGCUUUGUACAUCUAUGUAUUUGUGGGAGAGAUGAUUAAUUCAUGAUUUCUUUCAGUCA